AUGCCUGGAACAUUAAAUAUGACAACCUGUCGUAUAUCUCCCUACAUGAACCACAGUCAAAAUCCAGUAACUGGUCUUUUACUAGCUAACCAUACUUCGAUAGCUAUUUGUCUUCGCUCUAUUGCAACAGAUUUUCAAAAAAUGUGGCACAAAAAAGCUAAUGUACAUAAAUUCGAAGAAGCAAUGGAGCAAGGUGGAGAUAAACAAUUUGGGAAAAAUUGUUUGGAAGAAAAAAUGGAAGAAAGCAAAGAGAGAUUAAAUGAAUUGCUUCAACUUUAUAGAAAUUCUCGUUCUUCAAAGUUUGUUUUUUUAACUACAUUAUAUGGAGAAUAG